ACGUUUUGUCAAGUGGAAUGCGUAGUGUCUUGACAAACAUGGUGAAGUCUAGCAUCCAGAUUUUACUUUUAACAUUCGCUUUACUUAUUUGCUCUUUUUUCCAUGUUUCUCUACAAAGCCACGAUAGCGAUGGACCCAAAUUACCCGAGGAGUGCAAAGAAAUGUUAGAAGGACUAGCUAGAAAUGUUUCUCACUUCACCAAGUGUGCGGUGGAGCAGGCGACCCCGUUUCGCUUCUGUCGGCGUUGCAGACUUGAAUUCCAUGCUGUCUGUGAGACAAAAGCCAACAUAUACAACAAGGAUUAUGGCUGCGUAGAUGUGCUUGUUUCCUCAGAGAAGUAUCAAAUUGUUAACAACGUCUACGCGUUUGCGAUAAAUUUAUGGAGAGGCUCCAAUUGCGAAAAUUGUUAUGAUGAUGAAGAAUCAUCUGAAUUGAAAAGUGCUGUUGCUGAUUACUUCAAGACCCAAGAGGCUGUCUAUCACUGCUUUAUCAAUGAAUCAAGAAUUCCUGCACCACACAUGACAAACUCAUCAUCACAUAAUUCCUCUGUCACACCUCCAGCCAACAACAACAUGACUAUCGUCACCAAUGUCUGUGCCAAGUGCCUUAAUCAGUACAUUGCUCUACAAAAAGCCUACAGGACAGUAGCGGGUGCCGGCGAGUAUGGAGAUCUUGUUGAGACAUCUAUCUGUGCCGAUGUUGUAUCUGCUAUGAAUUUCACCCGUCAACGCUGGAGCCAAGAGUUCCAGUGUGUUCACUUCCACAAGGAUUUGGUUUCGGUGGUAGCACUUACUGUGUUCUUCUGCUUUCUACCAAUUAUUUUCUACACUGCCGCUAGACUCAAUGGAAAUUCAUUUGACAAAGCUCCCUCCGCAGGCAACGCUUAUGCCCAGAAGUCAGCAUAAAAACAAGGCUAUUCGGGAAUCCUGUGAAAACGUCCCAAGGAUCAACUACGAUUCGGAGUAAAAGCGCACAAGUUAUUAUGCAAGUUGAUAACCGUAUCAAUUGUUUGAGGGCUGCUACUUUAAUUUUACAAAAUUAGAACAAAAUAUCAAACAGAAGAAAAGCAAUUUGGAAAGUGCUGCUUUAAAUUAUUUGUAUGAAUCUGUAAAUAAGCAUGUAUAAUAGUAUAAAUUUUUCAUUAAAGGUCAUUUUGAAUA